CUGAAGACCGACUUGACUUUAUGCGCGUUGCUUGAGCAGCCAGGCGGAGUUGCGGAGCUUCUUCCAGCAUUUUUGGCAAACUUGUGCAGCUCGUCACCGCGCAUUUUUUAAAGUGAGGAAUGUUUUCAUCUUUGGCCUUCUUUGGAGAGGCAUUGAAGCGCCGGAAAUCUGUCACGCCCCCUUGGCUUUGCUUUGCUUUUCGAGGCUAAUUGAGCACUUUGUCUCCGUCACUUUGGUUGGUGCGCUCUCGACAGCAGGCGGAUUUUUUUCUCCACUUUCUUUUCCUCCCGUACAGCACAUUGGAUUUUUUUUUUACAUUCUGGGAUUCUCGUGAGAUGUCAUGGACUUUACAAAGGAACAUAGAUAUGUGCGCGCGUGUGUGAUAGAGAGUGUUUUUUGACUCCCUCCGCCCCAAACCAAUUGAGCGACUGACCGGGGACAGGACUUGGGAAUCAAUGCGGUGUCAGCUGGUAGGACGCGGGGUCCGGAUCUCACCUCAACGUUGAUACGUCCUGGGAGUGAUGCACUGGCUUCCCCUGGUUGCCAUGGUGAUCGCCUCGGCCCUGCCCUUCCCUCAAAAGCCUGUGUCCAGGAUCGCCUCUGUCGCCAGCGUGGACGAUGAGCGGCGUCGCUUCGCCGUGGAUUACAACUCCCAGGGGAAUGCCUCGCUCGCGUAUGACAACGCCCCCGCCGUUCAGGACCCCAUCCGGAACUCGGCGGAACUGAGCGUUGUUCCGAGUGAAAAGAACCGCAGUCGACCAGACCACAGCGGUUUCCUGGACUCCACGAAUGGACCCACGCAAGUCUCCGAAGUGGAAACACAGAUAAUCCAAACUCCUGCAUCCGCCGGACCGAGGACUCAGAGAGGAUCCGCAACCACCGUUCCCACAGAGCAGCUUCGGAACGCGUCGAGGAGGGCGCCCGCGGCGAGCGGCGCGGUUAACGCCAUCCUGGAGGCGGGGUUGGGCAUCCUGGAAGGUCUCCUGGAAAGGGACGAGAUGUUUUUGGACACUCACCCGCGCGUCCUGUUCUCGUCGUCGCCGUCGCCCCCGGAGCACCCGCCCCUGCUGCUCAUGCUGGAGGUCGGCCUCCUGGAGGAUGACGCGGUGGAACUGGAAGACGCCCACGCGGAGAGUCACGGUGAUCAGAGUCUCAGUUGGGGCAACGUUUCGGGAUUCGCGUCUGAUGCGGGACGCGCCCUCAGGAGGGACAAACGCUCGCAUUUGAUGGAUCGCCGUCGGGGCGAGAAGUCUGUCUGCGAGGCGGAGAGCGUCUGGGUAACGGACAAGAAGACGGCCGUCGACUCGCGGGGCCAGGUGGUCACCGUCCUGCAGGACAUCCAGACCCAGACGGGUCCGCUUAAGCAGUACUUCUAUGAGACCCGGUGCCGCCAGGCCGAGCAGCAGAACAGCCACGGGACUGCCGGCAGGGAGGCGUCGCAGCCCACCGGGGUGGCGGGCGCCGGCUGCCUGGGCGUGGACAAGAAGCAGUGGGUGAGUGAGUGCAAGGCCAAGAAGUCUUACGUGCGCGCACUCACCAAGGAUGCCAACAACCGGACGGGGUGGAGGUGGAUCCGCAUCGACUCGUCCUGCGUUUGCGUGCUGCUCUCCAGAGCCAAUCAGAUCCUGGCCCGCGAGGCGCUAGCCCGGAGGGGGCGGGGAUAACCGCAUGACACCUCAAAGACCUCAUGCCAGAACACAGUAUAUAGAGAUGUUUUUCUACGAUUUAUCUUUCAUAACCUAAGUUAUUAGUACGUAACCAUGUGUAUGAUUUUGAUAUUAAUAUAUUCCUUCACCGGUCAGUGUGUACGUACAGUGCUUAACAAACACCGUACUGUAUUACAAUAGCCAUCACGAUUGUCAGUCAGAAACCGAAGCACAAUUAUGAAUUUAUGAGCAAAAAGGUUGUAAUUGUACAAUGACAAUCAUUUUAUGUGGAAUAAUCUAAACAUUUAUGAUGGAUUUACAUAUGUAAACAUCCGAUUAACAGAAUAGGAUUAAAAAAGGUAACCACAACAAAUAUGCAAUUUUAAAAUAAUAAAUGUGCAAAUAUUAUACAGGUUGCUUUUAUACUCUGUACAAGUUAUAAGUCAAACCUUUGCAGACUAAAGUCAUGUCAGCAGAAAAUGUCAUUUUUACAUUUCUUUUUUUCACGAGAAAAAAACAUUUUAAUACAACCAGUAAAAGUCAUGAUUUGAAAAUAUUAGAAAAUUGUCACUAUUUUAUGAGACGGAACCUAUUAAAAUGGCAGAUUUUUGCAUGAGAAAAUGUCAUUAUAUGACCUAAUUGUAAUUUUAAAAAUGUCAUACUUUACAAGAAUUAUUCAAGAGAAAAAAAAUAACAUAUUGCAGUACAUGCAAAUUAGUAUUUUUCUACAUCCGCCCCAACCCAAUCAUUUCAGGCAGCUGUGGCUUAAAGCUUCAUUUGCAUCCAUUUGUUAAGCACUGUAUGUAUCUGUCCGUUUGUAUGUCUGGAGCUUGUAUAUUUAUAGUGGAGCGGUGGCGUCUGAGCUGGCUUCCCCACGGGGGAAGCGGCGCCCCCUACUGAAGCUUCGUAUGAACGUUGUACCAGAUGGGGAGCAUCUUUUCAAUAAAUGGGCGCGCUUCAUCAAUGUCA